GGAGCAGAAGGUGAAAAAGGAAGAAGAACAGAAGGACUAAAGGAUUUAUAAUAUUCACUGCUCCGGUCCAUGAAGAACGUUACAGGAAUGAGGAGUAAAUGGGUUUUGGUUAUUCUGUUUUUCUCAGCAUGUGGUACAGAAGUAUAUAUUCCUCAUCGCUAUCACUUUGUGAAUGAGAAUAAAACCUGGAGUGAAGCUCAGACUUACUGCAGACAGAAAUACACUGAUCUCGCCUCCAUCAACAACAUGGAAGAGAUGAUGAAGCUGAAUAACACACUGAAGAUGGAAACUGUAAACCAAGCUUGGAUCGGUCUACAGAGAGGAGACACUGGGAGAUGGCAGUGGUCUCUGGCAGACCAAACUUACUACAGAGAUGGAGACACUUACAGAAACUGGAGUAGUGGUCAACCAGACAACCACGAGCAAAAGGAGUACUGUGUUGAGAUGACUGAUGACGGGAAAUGGAAUGAUAAUAGUUGUGAUACCACCCGACAUUUCGUAUGUUAUGAAGAUAAACUUGUAUUGAUUAAUCAGAAUCUGACCUGGAGAGAAGCUCUGAGAUACUGCAGGAACAAUCAUUAUGACCUGGUCUCAGUGCUCACUCAGGAGAUGCAGCUCUGGGUGAAGGAAGUGGCUCGAAACGCCUCCACUGAUCACGUGUGGCUCGGCCUGCGUCACACCUGCGCUCUGGGCUUAUGGUACUGGGUGACUGGAGAGACGAUCUGCUUCCAGGACUGGGCUCCCGGGAACGGGAACGGGUUUGAAGACUGCAGGGAUGAGGAGAGAACCGGAGCAGUUCAGACUAGAGGAGAGCAGCAGUGGAUCAGCCUGCCUCAGAGCAACAAACUCAACUUCAUCUGCUCCAAAUAUGAAGGUUAG